GUCAGCGCAGUUAACAGUGAGAAAUAUAUAUCGUGUUUAUUACAAAUAUCACAAAAAGACGUUGAAUAUAAAAUUACGUUUCGACUCAUCUUUGAGUCAUCUUCAGUACAAGCUAACAGUAACUUAAAGUGCAGCUAACCGCAUUUCUAUGGUUUGUGUACUGUCCAUUAAUUAAUAUUACAUGCCAUUUUAAACAGUGAGACCCGAUUAGAUCGGCAUUUAGUCAGCAUUGUCGUAAACGUCAGACUUGAACGAGCCACAGUGGAAUAAUGACAGAGCGGACGGGCGAGGAAUUGACAUCGUCGGAGCUGGGUACUCAAGAGUUCUGGGAGAAUGUGUACGCGCAGGAGCUCGACAACUUCCACGAUUACGGCGACGUAGGAGAGGUAUGGUUCGGCGCGGCCAACACGCGCAAGGUCGUACGAUGGAUUGCCACAAAAUUGGAUUUAAACAAAGAGAAUGAUAAGAUAAUCGAUGUAGGAUGCGGUAAUGCAAUGACUUUGGUGGAACUUGCGAAAGAAGGAUUCGCGAACUUGACAGGGGUGGAUUAUUCACAAAAAGGGAUAGAUCUGGCCCGUAUAGUGUUGAACGAUAACAAUUUGCCAAAUGUAAAAAUAGAGAUUUGCGAUAUACUCAACAACACAUUGCCGCAUGAUUUUAAAGUCGUUCAUGAUAAAGGCACUUACGACGCUAUUAGUUUAAAUCCAGAAGACCCGAUGGCAAAGAGACAGAAAUAUAUAGAAAAUAUAUAUCGCAUCCUUUUGCCAGGAGGAUAUUUCGUCUUGACGUCCUGUAACUGGACCAAAGAAGAAUUGCUGAAGCAUUUUGCGAGUUAUUUUGAACUCAAUAGUCAACUUCCUACGGAUACGUUCCAAUUUGGCGGGCAGACAGGAAACACUGUAACACAAUUGAUAUUUAGAAAAAAGUAAUAAUGGAGAAAUU